UUCCCCGCGUUUGUGCCCGCAGCGCCGCGCGCCCAGCUGAGCUGAGCCGAGAUGCCAGAAGGGCCGUCUGUGAGGAAGUUUCACCAUUUGGUAUCCCCCUUUGUGGGCCAGCAGGUAGUCAAGACAGGGGGCAGCAGUAAGAAGUUCUGCCCUACUGGCCUCCAGGCACUGUGGCUCCAGGACACCCAGGUCCAUGGGAAGAAGUUAUACCUUAGAUUUGAUCCAGAUGAAGUGGGGCCCCCUGGUAACAACAACCCACUGCCAGAGCAUCCACAAAAAGGAGCACAGAGGGAAGAGGCCUUGGGGUCCAGCAGACAGGGGACCUGUGAUGAGGCCUUACAUUCUUCAGAACUUGUUGCUCCCCAGGGAGCUGAUGGCUCCGACUGUCUGAGAAGAGACCCCCCUGCAGAAGGACCUGAGAGGUGGCUGCAGAUCCGCUUUGGUUUAUUUGGCAGUGUUUGGGCCAACGAGUUCUCUAGAGCAAAGAAAGCCAACAAGAAAGGUGACUGGCAGGAUCCCAGUCCAAGGUUGGUCCUGCAUUUUGGUGCCGGUGGCUUCCUGGCAUUUUAUAACUGUCAGAUGGCUUGGCGCUCUUCCCCGGUAGUUGAACCCACCUGUGACAUCUUGUCUGAUGAGUUCCAUCGAGGACAAGCUUUGGAAGCCUUGGGCCAGGCCCGGCCUGUGUGCUAUACACUGUUGGACCAGAGAUACUUCUCAGGGUUAGGGAACAUCAUUAAGAAUGAAGCCUUGUACAGAGCUGGGAUCCACCCGCUGGCUCUGGGUUCGCUCCUGAGUCCUUCGCGUCUCGAGGCUCUGGUGGACUAUGUGGUAGAGUUCAGUACAGGCUGGCUUCAGGGCAAGUUGCAAGGCAUAUCCCAGCACAAACAGAUCUACCAGAAAGAACAUUGCCCUGCUGGGCACCAGGUCAUGAAGGAGGCACUUGGGCCCCCCGGCAGGUUCCAGAGGCUCACCUGGUGGUGCCCGCAUUGCCAGCCCCAGUUGUCCAUUGAGAAGCCAGAGGAGUCCCAGCUCUCCUAAGGCAUUCAGGACCCUCUUCAGGGAAUCUUGCCUUCUGGGGACUUGAUGCCUGAGUGUGUAGAGAGGAGGGGGCGUUGGGGCGUUGAUAUUGUUCAUAUUCAUCUCACUGGAGUUGUGUCUGAGCAGGAUUCUCAGAAGGUUAGAUGUUUUCCUUUUCUAGUUCAGUUAAUUCUUCCUGUCCGAUUCUGUCAUUGUGAAAGAUGAGAAGAACCAUGACCCGAGGUGAGGGAAAAAGCUCCUGUGACAGGACAGGGAAAACGAGAGCUUGUCGGAGAAUGCUUUGCUUCCAACAGUGCUUUGCAGAUGUUGUGUUUUAUUUCUGAAACUCCGAGGAAUAGGAAAGUGGGGUUUUCUUUCCUUGUUUCCCCUCGGAUCUGCUGAUUAGAGUUUAGCUCCUGCCUGGGUGCUCCCCCUGGGACAGGGGCACCAAGGGGCGGAGAGCUGGCUGCCUUCCUGGUGUAACCAGUGGCCUUUAUAGAAAAACUACUUGUUUAGUCCUUAAGCUGAUAUAUUUGUGUUCGUAAUAUGUUGAACAAUUCAGAAGUUAAGGGUUGUAGGGAGACACUACCUCAUGUUGGCAAC